GAUCUGAGAUAUAGGGGUGCUCAGUAUUAGACAAGGGGUGCUCUUCUCUGAUUUUGUCCUCCUCUGAAACCUUCUGCGGUCUCUCUCUGUGUGUGUCUGCCUAAUCAGCCCUUUUGUACUUCACAAACAAUCAUGAAAUUUUGAUCAGCACGCUGCUUCUUGCAGCUGCGCUGGAAUGAGAGGAUUAGAGCGUGUUGAAUCUAGGCUGCCGUCCGCGAGACCAGUGCGGGAUGCUACAGCGCGCAGGUUAAUUUCGUUAAAACGCCAACUCUGGACCCAAUAGAGAAGCUUAUCGCUCUGCUGGCCAGCCAGAGGGAAAGCCGUGGUAAUAUCGGACUCGAGCUUCAUGAUGGCUUCCUCUGAAGAACGACGUCUUGGGGAAGGUGGUGAAGAAUCAAUCGGCAGGUGAAUCUCUCCCCCUGUUGGGGAGGAUAAUGAUGCUACUGAGGAUAUGAGGAAACCGUUCUCUCUCCUUCUUCUCCCUCUGCGUUUUUCUACCAGGAGGGGGAAAUCGCUGAUCCGUUUCCAGCCAACAGAUUCCAACCGAGGGAGAACACUCACGACGCACACAGGUGCCCGUUUCUUUUGAGGAGCAAUGUGUGUGUGUGUGUGUCUAAAUGCAUGAGAUUAGUGAUGUCAAGAGAACAACAGGGUGAAAGAAGCUGGAAGGUAUUCAGAUUCCUGGAGGGUAAUAGAUAAUCAUCAGACGCAGCGCUGCUCCUCCGGGUCAGUGGGAGAGAAAGAGAGAGAGAGAGAAAGGAGCGAGGGAAACAUUUGUGUGACGUGUGUGUGUAUGUGUGUGUGACAGCAGCGUUCCCUCAGUGCGUAGCGGAGAGACAGGUCUGUGCGCUGACACUCACUCCUGCGGGCUGAUGCGCUCUGGAGCUGCAAACAGGACACUCUGGGAAACGCGUGCCGCUCAAUCAUGCUUUGAAGACUCGCAUCUUUGCGCUACACGUGUUAAAUCGCAUAACUGCGUAUCCCUCUGCAUCUCAAUACCCUCCACGCGCUCGAGCAUUCGCGCAUACCAUGGAUUCUCUGGCCAAUGACACGGACGGACUGGAGAACUCUCUCAAGUACUCCAAGUGUGAUCAGACGGAGAAGAUGUGGAUUAGGCUGAAAGGAAUGCAGAAGUACAAAAACACAUCUCAAAGAUUGAGAUGUCUGGUGAAGCAGCUGGAUAAAGGGGAGGUAAAUGUCGUAGAUCUGAGGAAAAACAUUGAAUAUGCCGCAUCAGUUUUGGAGGCUGUGUACAUCGACGAAACAAGGAGGCUUCUGGACACUGAAGAUGAGCUCAGUGACAUCCAGGCGGACUCUGUACCCAUGGAGGUGCGGGACUGGCUGGCCUCCACCUUUACCAGGAAGAUGGGAGUGGUGCGCAGGCGGCCCGAAGAGAAACCCCGGUUCCGCAGCAUCGUCCACGCCGUUCAGGCUGGCAUCUUUGUGGAGCGAAUGUACAGAAGAACAUCCAACAUGGCAGGGUUGACCUAUCCGCCAUCUGUAAUUACUGCUCUAAAGGAUGUUGAUAAAUGGUCGUUUGACGUCUUCAAGCUCCAGGAGGCGAGCAGUGAUCACGCUCUGAAGUUUCUGGUCUAUGAACUCCUCACCAGAUAUGACCUGAUCAGCCGCUUCAGGAUACCAGUGUCCUCGUUGGUGUCCUUUGUGGAAGCUCUGGAAAUCGGCUACAGCAAACACAGAAACCCUUAUCAUAACCUGAUCCACGCGGCUGACGUCACACAGACGGCACAUUAUCUGAUGCUGCACACUGGCGUUAUGCACUGGCUCACUGAACUGGAAAUAUUGGCCAUGGUGUUUGCUGCUGCCAUUCACGACUUUGAACACACUGGAACAACCAAUAACUUCCACAUCCAGACCAGAUCAGAAGUGGCCAUCCUGUACAAUGACCGCUCGGUUCUGGAAAACCACCACGUGAGCGCAGCCUACAGACUCAUGCAGGAGGAUGAGAUGAACAUUCUGGUCAACCUCUCCAAAGAUGACUGGAGGGAGCUGCGCACGCUGGUCAUCGAGAUGGUCAUGAGCACUGAUAUGUCCUGCCAUUUCCAGCAGAUCAAGACCAUGAGGAACUCUCUGCAGCAGCCUGAGGGAAUAGACAAGGCUAAGGCGUUGUCUCUGAUGCUGCACGCGGCCGAUAUCAGUCAUCCUGCGAAGGGCUGGAAGCUGCACUACCGCUGGACUCAAGCCCUCAUGGAGGAGUUUUUCAGACAGGGGGACAAAGAGGCAGAACUAGGACUGCCUUUCUCUCCACUCUGUGACCGCAAAGCCACCAUGAUCGCCCAGUCUCAGAUAGGAUUCAUUGAUUUUAUUGUGGAGCCCACAUUCUCUGUCCUGGUCGACACCACAGAGAAGAUCAUUAGUCCUCUCAUAGAGGAAGCUGUCAAAUCUGGAGGAGUGCGCAGGUCCAGUCUGACUGGUCGGGGAUCAGCGGCAGUGGUGGAGUCUGUUCAGAGACACAGUGACCGCGGCUCUAAUGAUGAGUGCGGAGGAAGCACAGAUUAUUCACUAUGUGGCAUCGACCAGAAACACGUCCGACAUCUGCUCUCUGAAAUCAUCCAGAACAACAAGGAGCGCUGGAAAGAGCUGUCUGUUCAAGAACUGGCCAACAAGCAGCACGAGAGAAUGUCAGACCUUCAGGAGGAGCCCAUGAGGAGCACGCAGCUCACCCUAUCCCAAGAGAAUCACGACUCUGAGUCCAAAUCCCUCAAUGAACUCAACAAUACAGACUCCACACACUCGUCCCAGGACUCUCUGGACCAGAGCUCUCAGUCCCCGACGGAGGGAGCCGGAGAUGCUUCCCCGGAGGAGCACAGCUCAGAAACGCUGCCCUGGAACGGCAAGAGCGCCUGAAUCUUUGCAGUCACAAAUGGGACGAUGUACAUAGCAUUGUCCUCAUUGUAUUGUACCGCUAUUAUACUCUCGGGCUGGAGGCGGACGUGAGGAUUGUCCACGGAGAGAUGAUGAUGAUGAUGUGCAGUGUUGUAAUGGCCGCCGUGUUAUUGCUGGAGACUUUCAGGAGGAUUCGAGUCUCUGAAAAAGCAACGCAACGCUGCCUAUAGUGCCCUCCGCUAACAUCGACUCCCUUGGUGAAUAUGAGAAGAGAAGGCUGUGGAAAAACAUAAUAUUUAAAUGUUUUUUUUAGAUGUUAGUAUCAGUAUCUUAAAGAUAUCUAUAAGCUUGUGUGGUACAAAAAAUAUAUAUAUUUUAGGAGAUAUAAACGUCUAAAGCUUGCACACUCAAAAUAUGGUUAAUUGGAUAUACUAAAUGUUUCUUAAGGUAAGUCGUUGCAAACAAUUUAUGUGGGCUGAAUUUUAAUAAACUAAUUAAAUUUAGCAAUGUUUAACUUGAUUUGUUUGUUUAAAUUCAGCCCAUAUAAGGUUUACAACCACUUACCCUAAAAAAAAGGGUAAAUCCAGUGAACCAUUUUUCUCAGUGCAAAGUGUAUUACUUACGUUACCUCGUACAUAAGUUUCUCGUCAAAUCUUCUGACCAAUCAAAUGCUCUCAAACAUCUGACAUGCCCCGCCCCCUUCAAUACUUCUCAUUUGCUGCGCUUGAGCUCAACCACUCUCAUUGGCAGAGCUGGGAUAAGAACAAAAAGCUAUUGGCUUUUUUUUUAAAGGGGGAGGAGCUCUCUGUCCCACCCUCUCUUCGUGUUUCAGUUCAGAUUACGUCAAACAUCAAAUCAAAAAAUGCACAUUACUAAACAACCUCAUGGGAGUUCACUUUUGAUCAAUUAAAAGAAAAAAAAAACACUUUUGUUGUUGCUAGAGUAACUGUGAUUUAAACUGUAAAGGCUCCUCCCUUUUCUCAAAAGGGGUGGGAAGAAGCAGUCAAUUUGCAUUUAAAGAAACACACACAUACACACACACAACAGCAUCUUUUCAACCUGAAAUGGGCAUUUUAAGGACAAAAUUAUUAGCCCCUUUACGCUAUUUUUUGAUCUACAGUCUA